AUGCCUUCCAAUCUCUCUGACUUCCCCAGCGAGUUCAAGGGCGACCUCGUUACGCCCGAGCAUCCCGAAUACACGAAAGCGAUCGCCCGCUGGGCUAUGGACGCCAAGCGCUAUGCGAAGAUAGUCGCGUUCGUCGAGGACGUACAAGACAUGUCACUCGCAAUUCAGUACGCUCGCUCUCAUGACAUGGAGAUCGCAAUCAAGGGCGGCGGACACAACCCAGCGGGCGCAUCCUCUACCGAAGGUCUCGUCAUUGACCUUCACCGUUACUUUGACUAUGCCCGUGUUGACCCCGAGAAGAAGAUCGCCUAUGUUGGCGGAGGUGCGAUCUGGGAGACCGUAGACAAGGCCGCAAUCGAGUACGGCCUUGCAACAGUCGGUGGUACUGUGAAUCACACCGGUGUCGGUGGCCUGACCCUGGGCGGCGGGUAUGGAUACCUGUCCUCGUCGUAUGGUCUUGCUCUCGACAACGUUCUGGAGGCGACCGUCGUUCUCGCCGAUGGCACAGUCGUGAAUGCGAGCAAGACGGAGAACCCCGACCUAUUCUGGGGCAUCCGGGGCGGCGGGUCCAACUUCGGUGUCGUUUCGGAGUUCGUCUUCCAGCUCUAUGACCAGCGGCGCACCGUCUUCUCCGGCAUGGCGGUCUACGACCGCAGCCAGCUGGAGGCACUGACCAAGGUCACUGCGGAGUGGUGGGACAACCCCGGCGACAAGUCCUCACAGAUCCAGACCGCCGCUGUGGGACCAGACGGCAAGCCUGUCAUGGUCGUCGCUUUCUUCUACAACGGCUCCGAAGCAGAGGGUCGGAUGUUCUACAAGAAGUUCUUCGACAUCGGCCCCAUCGAUGAUCAAGUAAAGGAGAUCCCGUACGAACUCGUAAACGCGUUACAGAACCAUGUCUCGUAUCAUGGUCAGGGAGUGUACCAGAAGGGCGUAGCGCACCGCAAGCCCGAGUACGAGACCGUGCUUAAGGUAUUUGACCGCGUCGCUGAGCUUACAGCCGCACCAGCUGCAGGACCAAACCCGGCAAUCCUUUUCGAGUACUUCCCGCUGCACAAGAUUACUGCCAAGGAUAGCGAGGAGACGCCAUUCCGCCGCGACCCCGUCCCAUCUAUCCUCGUCAACGCAAUCUGGGUUGAUGAUACGCAGGAGAACCUGAGGCGCGGUCGCGAAAUGGUUUACGACCUCAUCGGGCUUAUCAAGAGCGCGAACUUGCAACUCACCGUGGCGGAGCAAGCAGGGUACGGCAACUACGAUGACGAAGCAGUGUCGAAGGUCGCCGCGGACAAGGCGAGGAUUGUGUUUGGCAAGCACUACGCACGGUUGCAGCAGGUAAAGAAGAAGUAUGAUCCCGAUCAGGUAUUCCACAAAUGGUUCCCUAUCGCCCCUGCGGCGUAG